CCGCUCCCGACACGAUAAAUUAGAUGGUUCCUGCUGACGACGAUUGUUUCCACCACGCGCCGCAACAAGCAAAGCAAGCAAGCAAGCAAGACACACGCCGCUGCCCCUCCCUCCCCCUCGCAGCAGCAGCAGCAGGCACUCUCACCCACCGCUGCCGCCACGACUUGCUCUCUUGUGUUGUGCUGCACAGAGUAUCUGUGGCUCAGUAGUUAGUUCGUUAGGUCCUUUGCUUUUGUGCUUAUCUUGUUGCACACAAACACACAGACACACGUCCAGCCAUGGUGAUCCUUGCGUCCGCCCAGGGCAUCUGGUUCAUCUUCUCCAACUUCUUCUUCUUCAUGGCAGCCGUGUUUGGUGACAUCCUGCUGAUCCGUAUCUGCCUCAUUGGCGGCUUUCUCUUCCUAAUGAUCAACGCGUGCGUCGGUCUACCGGACUACCACGACUUUUGGAAGAACAGCACCCCCAUCAUCUUCAUCGACAUUAUUGUGUGGUGCGUGAUCACGGGCGCGUUCCACGUAUACGCCGUGUACCUUCUCAUCCGCGAUGAGGCGCCCGUGUCGCUCAAGGACGAGGAGGAAGAGGCCGUCUGGCGGCUCUUCUACCGCCGCUCCGGCAUGGGCCGCCUGGAAUUCCGGGAAGUCAUCAAGCGCGGGUACUGGCGCUCCUAUGCCGCUGGUGAAACCAUCGUGGACGAAACCAACGCCCUCUCCCACCUGCACUUGAUUGUGGAGGGUGUGGUGGAGUUCACCUCCGUCUUCCACGGCAUCAAGAGCCCUCCACGCAAGCUCUACUCUGGCGACCUCUUCAACCUGGCCGUCACCAACCUCUUUGGUGUCAAGGUGGGCUUCAACUCGGACAGCUUCGUCGCCGUGGCCAAGUCGGACUGCCUCGUGCUGUGCUGGUCCUUUGACCAGGUCAACGUCAUGGCCAACCGCAUUGCCCCGAGCGUGUCCAGCUACUGGCGCAACAUGAUUCUGUACACGGUUGCAUCCGAGUUCAACCGCACCCACGAAGGCGUUGCGCAGCUCGGUUGCCUGGACGCCCGCGGCACGCCAGAGGCGCCAUACUGGUACCAUGGCGCGCGCACACGCGACUUUGAGCCGCUGGAGGAGGACGAGGAGCCCGAGACAACGUCCUGUGGCGGCAUCAUGCGCUGGAUUAUCAAGUCCAUCGACCCCUUCCCGCCACCAGGCAUGCGCCACAACUCGCUGCCUGCCUCUGGCAUCCUGGCGAAGAACCGUGUUGAGGCUGUGGUAAAGUCGCUUGACCAGGCCCACAAGGACGUGCAUGCCCUCGGGCGGGGCGCUGCUGCGUCCAUCGUGCGCCACCAGAACCACCUUCAGCGGCACUCGCGGCGGCCCACCCCACUGCAGCCGCUGGCAGAGGAGUCGGAGAGCUUGGGCGAGCGUCCAAACAGCACAAUGAGCACGCGGUUCUCAAGCGAUGACAACAACAACAACAGCAGCAACAACAGCAACAACAACACCGACAGCACCAACCACAGAGCCAACAGCGAUAGCAACACGAACGGCACGAGCAACAUGAAUGGGAAUGGGCUUGGGCGGGCUGGUGCUCGAAAGGGAAGUAUAACCGCCACGCGUGUUGACGUGCACUCCUCGGACGCCAGCCCUUAACCGUGCACAUGUGUACUAUUGUCACCUGUGCGUGGUGUGUGUGUGUGUGUGUGUAUGUGUGUGUGUGUGUGUAUGUGUG